CAUCAAGUAGGAACUAUAAAAAUGCCGCCAGUUUCACCGUGCACACGUGCGCUUGUCGCUUGGCGCUUAGUUUCUUUCGGAGCCAUGUUCUGCCUAUGGCAGAAGGGUGAUCUGAGAAGACGCAACUUUGCAUCGUCGGCAGACUGUCAGUGGUUUCAUAAAGGGAAUUCAAAACAAGUAGAAGCAGGUCCACGUCCACAAUCGUCCACGGACGAUGCUAUCGAACAAUCGCUGAGUUCCGUAGGCAGUGGUGGAAGGGAGGAGUCGAUAAUUUUAAACCCUUCUUCUACAACUUCGUCUACGAGUGCUGAAACAAAUGUAGCAAACCCUUCCCCACCUUCUACGAGUGCUGGAACAACAAGUGUAGAUGAAAAAAUUACAACGAGAACCCACUCUGUAUCUUCAAGUGGAGCGACAGAAAGUACUGACUCGUCUAUGUCUAGAACAACAGACAGAUCGAAUUCGAAGCAAGAUACUGGUGCUAGUUCUAGUAGUAGUACACACACAAAAGCAGAGCCAGAAGUACAAGUACCAGAAGAUGCAGUUACGGCGACAUCUACUGUAGCACCAGUUGCGCUAGGAGACGUUCUUACAAGUGGUGGGACCAUAGUAGGAGCGCACUCUGCAAGCGCACUAAAAGCCAGUCGCCUAGGCGCAGGAGAAGCAAGUCGCCUAAGGGCAGGAGAAGCAAGUCGCCUAAGGGCAGGAGAAGCAAGUCGCCUAAGGGCAGGAGAAGCAAGUCGCCUAAGGGCAGGAGAAGCAAGUCGAAGCACAUCGAGUACAGCCCUAG